AACAAUAUAUAUACUUGGAACCUUCACUUGUCCUUUGUUUCAAACGACCAUGUAUCAUCAGAUAUUCCUUCUUCUUCUUCUUCUUGUCAUUGUUAUUCCACAUCUUGCACUGGCACCGCCGCCAUUCCCGACCUCUCAUAUCACGGUCACAGGCUCCGUGUUUUGUGACGUUUGCUGCAAUAACUCCUUCACAAAACACAGUUAUUUCUUACCAGGUGCGGAUGUUCAUGUACAAUGUAAAUUUCGGUCAACACAAACGCAACAAAUUAGUUUUUCGGUAAACAGAACAACAAACAGAUAUGGUGUUUAUAGAUUGGAUAUACCAUCAGUGGAGGGAGUUGACUGUGUGGAUGGACCAGCCAUCCAGUCAUUUUGUGAAGCUAGCUUAAUAGGAAGCUCGGUCUCAGCCUGCAAUGUCCCUGCUGUAUCCUCCACAUCUAAAGAGAUCACGCUCAAGUCGAGAUCAACUAACCUUUGUGUCUACAGCGUAAGCGCACUCAGCUACAGACCGUUUAGGAGAAAUUCAACGCUUUGUGGGAACUACAACUUUAACAUGGAGGAAGAAAAGAUGUUAUCAGAUUCUUUCAAUUCAUCAAAGUUCUUUCUCCCUUAUUUUCCAUGGCCUACUCUACCUCCACUGCCACCAUGGCCAUCAUUGCCACCCUUGCCUCAAUUACCGCCCUUACCUCAGUUACCUCCUUUCCCUUCCUUUCCUCCAUUGCCAUCUUUUCCUCCGUUUCAAUUCCCACCGUGGUCGCCUUUUCCAUCAUCGCCACCAUUACCUCAGUUACCGCCCUUACCUCAACUACCGCCUUUGCCGCCGUUACCACCUUUGCCGCCGUUACAAUCAGCUCCACCAACAAACUUCCCUCCUUUUACAAGAGCACCAGGGUUCAAUCCAGGAGACCCAAGAAGUUGGAUACCCAACAAUCCUUCAUCCAGUCCACCUCCAUUCAAUCCAAGAACACCAAUACCAGGGUUCUCAUUUAUCAGUCCACCACUGCCUGGAUUUGAUCCAAGAGAUCCAAGAACAUGGAUACCCACUUUCCCCCCAUCUCCUAAUAGCCCUCAAACCCAGCAACCAUAGCUACUUGCUCAUUUGUGUACAUACAAAAUCUGUCCUCAUAUAUAUAUAUAUAUAUAUAUAUAUAUAUUGUUACAAAUCUGUCCUCAAAGCUGUAAUUUCUUAUCAUUGCCACAACCAAUUAAGAAUAUACUUCAGUAUUUUUAAUAUAUAUGCUUCUCCUUAGGAAUGUGAUUUUGGUCAUAUAUGUAACAACUUUGUCAAAAUAUUAUUGAUAAUUGUAGAUA